AUGCUCGACUCAAUCAAGUCUGCCAUGGCAGGAGCCGCUAACCUGGUGUCUGGCCCAGCGGAAAACACGAAAACAGCCCGUGUCAGAGUAGUGAACAAUACCACCAGACCUAUCGUCGCCAUCUCGGUGAUUCACAAGUGCAGCAAUAGCCACAAGAGCCAUCAAGAAUGGGCGAUGGUGCAACCGGGCAAAGCAUCCAUUCCUGAAAUGGAAGUCGAAUACCCAGCUGGCUCUAGUUCUAGUUUCAGGUCUGGCGGCGAUAACUCGUGGCUUGCCGUCUGGUACAGCGAGGACCUGCAGGCGCUCUGGCACUCCGAACCAAGAGAGUCGGUGUUUCCGGUCGAUAUGCUAGACAAACAAUCUCGGGAGGAGAUUCAAAGGGUUGAAGAAGCCCUCGCUACAGGCAGCGAGCCAGGUUCUAAAGGCGCACAGCUAGCUACUGCGCUGGCAAGGUCAACGACGGAUCGAGCAUUUAAUUCGAACAGUCUAGAGGGAUUAGUGCGUCAUCAGUUGCGGGAUGAGGAUGCAAACGAGGUGACUGAGUUGGUUAUCAAUACCAAUGAGACGAUGACUUUUAAAUCCAAGUCUGGCACCACCGAGGUCAAGGUUAAUUCUCAGCCGGCUGCCGCAUAGCUCAUUAACUAGUCAACCGCUUGACGAGGGCUCCAGCACAGAGAUGAUUGAUGUGUUGGGCUUGAAGUUGUGAGUUACUUUCUUGUCCAGAGUUGCUAAGUCGAAUACUCUUUUUUUUUUUUUGUUUCGGGCAGUGCAAGCGACGUGUAAUUGAGCCACGACUGUUCAGGUAGCUUAAUUUAAAUUAGCUUGGUGAAUAGCCUGUUUGUAUUGGAUGCUUAUAUUGCCCCUUUUUUUUGAGCUUCGUUUGUUGCUGGCCAGUUGCAGUUGAAAGGCUGACUGGAUGGCUUGAGCCUGGGCCUGGUCAAGGAUACAUGCAGCUAGCUUGGUGAUGGCUGGGCAGACGGUUAACUCAACGGCUGGUCUUCGUGUCAGCCUCGCAUUGUUCCGUUUGGUGUGUUCAUUCGUAGUUAGUAUUAUUGAUGAAGGAAUUAGGCUGUCUACUAAAAAAGCCCUUUUCACGAGGCCGCUUCUUGUACGAAGAGGAAAGGAACGGUGAGCAGGAGAUGCCUCUGUUCGAUCAAACGGACAUUUUUU